AUGGCCCCCACAAGGCCUGCGGCCCCCCUGUUGCUGCUGCUGCUGCUGCUGCUGGACACCGGCACCCAGGCCCAGGAUGAAGGCCUGGAAAGCGUCCUCCCGGGCUGUCCAAGAGAUGCAACUCGAUUCAAGCACCUACGGAAAUACAUGUACAACUAUGAGGCUGAGAGUUCCAGUGGCAUCCCAGGGACCCGGGAUGUGCAAAGCACCACCAAGAUCAACUGCAAGGUGGAGCUAGAGGUCCCCCAGCUCUGCAGUUUCGUCCUGAGAGCCAGCCAGUGCUCCCUGGAGGAGCUGCGUGUCUUCAGCCCCGAGGGCAGGGCCCUGCUGAAGAAGACGAAGAAUUCUGAGGAGUUUGCGGCUGCCAUGUCUAGGUACGAGCUCAAGCUGGCUAUUUCUGAGGGGAAGCAAGUUGUCCUUUACCCAGAGAAGGAUGAACCUAAACAUAUCCUGAAUAUCAAGCGAGGCAUCAUCUCUGCCCUCCUGGCUCCCCCGGAGACAGAAGAGGACCAACAAGUGUUGUUUCUGGACACCGUAUAUGGAAACUGCUCCACUGAGGUCACUGUGAAGACCAGGCAGGGGAACGUGGCCACGGCGAUAUCCACGGAGCGGAACCUGCAGCAGUGCGAUGGCUUCCAGCCCAUCCGCAUGGGCGUCAGCCCCCUUGCCCUCAUCAAAGGCCUGGCCCGCCCCUUGUCAACUCUCAUCAGCAGCAACCAGUCCUGCCAGUACACCCUAGACUCCAAGAGAAAGCAUGUGUCAGAAGCCACCUGCAAGGAGCAGCAUCUGUUCCUGCCUUUCUCCCACAAGAAUAAGUAUGGGAUGGUGGCGCAUGUCACACAGACAUUGAGACUUGCAGACACUCCUAUGAUCAACAGCCGCUUCUUUGAAGGAGGUGCUGAGCGGGUCGGGCUGGCCUUCGAGAGUACCAAGUCCACAUCUCUACCGAAGCAAGCAGAGGCUGUUUUGAAGACCCUCCAGGAGCUGACAAAACUGUCCGUCUCUGAGCAGAACAUCAAGAGAGCAACUCUCUUCAAUAAACUGGUUAUGGAGCUGAGAGGCCUCAGCGACGAGGUGGUCACAAACCUCUUGCCCCAGCUGAUUGAGGUGUCCAGCCCCAUCACCCUGCAAGCCUUGGUGCAGUGCGGACAGCCCCAGUGUUACACUCACAUCCUCCAGUGGCUGCGGAGCGAGAAAGCUCACCCGCUCCUGAUAGAUGUCGUCACCUACCUGGUGGCCCUGAUCCCAGAACCCUCAGCGCAGAGGCUACGAGAAGUCUUUAACACUGCUAAGGAGCAGCAGAGCCGGGUCACACUAUAUGCCCUGAGCCACGUGGUCAACAACUAUCAUAAGAUAAACCAGGCGCUGACCCAGGACCUGCAGGACAUUGCUAACUACCUGUUGGAACAGAUUCGCAAUGAGUGCAUGGGAGAUGAAGAGCACACCUACUUGAUUCUGAGGAUCAUUGGAAAUAUGGGCAGCACCAUGGAAAAGGUAAUGCCAAGUCUCAAGUCUUCUGUCCUGAAAUGCAUCAGAAGCACAAAGCCAUCGCUGCUGAUUCAGAAAGCUGCCAUCCAGGCCCUCAGAAAGAUGGAACUUGAUGAAGAGGUGCGAAGGAUCCUUCUCCAGACUUUUGUCAACAGCACUGCUCCAGUGGAGAAGCGAGUGGCUGCCUAUCUCAUGCUAAUGAGGCAGCCCUCCUCCUCAGAUAUUAACAAAAUAGCCCAGCUUCUGCCAUGGGAACACAAUGAACACGUGAAGAACUUUGUGGCUUCUCAUAUCGCCAACAUCUUGAAGUCAGAAGAACUGCAGACUGAAGGUCUGAAAAAUUUACUGACAGAAGCUCUGAAGGAAUCUCAACUUCCAACAGUCAUGGAUUUCAUAAGCUUUUCCCGAAACUAUCACUUUUCCAAAUCCGUUUCUCUCCCAUCGCUUGACCCAGUCUCUGCCAAAAUUGAAGGGAAUCUAAUAUUUGACCCAAAUAACUACCUUCCUAAAGAAACCAUGCUGAAAACAACUCUCACUGCGUUUGGAUGCGAUGCAGCUGACCUCUUUGAGAUUGGCUUAGAAGGAAAAGGAUUUGAGCCAACACUAGAAGCUCUUUUUGGGAAGCAAGGAUUUUUCCCAGACAGUGUCAACAAGGCUUUGUACUGGGUCAAUGGUCAAGUUCCUGAUCACGUUUCCAAGGUCUUGAUGGACCACUUUGGCUAUACAAAAGAUGACAAACAUGAGCAGGACAUGGUUAAAGGCAUUAUGCCCAUUGUUGACAAGUUGAUCAACGAGUUGAAAUCCAAUGAAAUCCCACAAGCCAGAGCCUACCUCCGGAUCUUGGGAGAAGAGCUUGGCUUUGUCAGGCUCCAAGACUUCCAGCUCCUGGGAAGGCUGCUGCUGAAUGGUGCUCGCGCUCUACAGGGAAUCCCCCAAAUGAUUGGAAAGGCCAUGAGGGAAGGCUCAAAGAGUGACUUGUUUCUUCACUAUAUCUUCAUGGACAACGCCUUUGAGCUCCCCACGGGAGUAGGGCUGCCGCUGCAAAUGUCCUUAUCUGGAGUCAUCACGCCGGGGACAAAGGCUGAAGUAAAGCUGGAAUUAGCCAAGAUGCAGGCUGAGCUGGUAGCAAAGCCCUCUGUAUCUGUGGAGUUUGUAACAAAUAUGGGCAUCACCAUCCCGGACUUUGCUAGGAGUGGCAUCCAAAUGAAUACCAACUUCUUCCAUGAGUCAGGCCUGGAGGCACGCAUGGCUCUGAAAGCUGGGCAGCUGAAGUUUGUCAUUCCCUCUCCCAAGCGGCCCGUCAAGCUGUUCAGCGGCAGCAACACCCUGCAUUUGGUCUCUACCACCAAAAUGGAAGCAAUCCCACCUCUCGGUGUGAACAGACAGACCUGGUCAACUUGCAAGCCUUUCUUCCCUGGCCUGAACUACUGCACCACAGCCGCUUACUCCAGUGACAGCUCCACGGAGUCGGCUUCCUACUGCCCACUGACAGGGGACACCAGGUACGAGUUGGAACUGCAGCCUUCGGGCGAGGUAGAGCAAUAUGUGGCCAGUGCAACCUAUGAACUCCAGACACAGGCAAAAGGCCUGGUGGACACACUGAAGUUUGUAAUGCAGACAGAAGGUGUGAAGCAGACUGAGGCUGUGAUGUUGUUCAAAUACAACAGGCGGAGUCGGACUUUAUCCAGUGAAGUCCAAAUUCCAGAUUUUGACGUUGACCUUGGGACAAUCCUCAGAGUCAGUGAUGAAUCUGCUGAGGACAAAAAGUCUUACAAACUCACACUGGACAUUCAGAACAAGAAAAUCACUGAAGUUGCUCUCACAGGCCAUGUAAGUUAUGACAGGAAGGGAGAAGGCAAAAUCAAAGGCGUCAUUUCCAUACCCCGUUGGCAAGCAGAAGCCAGGAGUGAGGUCCACACUCACUGGUCCUCCACCAAGCUGUUUCUCCGAAUGGACUCCUCUGCGACAGCUUAUGGCUCAACCAUUUCCAAGAAGGUGGCAUGGCGUUACGAUGGUGAGAAGCUUGAAUUUGACUGGAAUACAGGCACCAACGUGGACACCAGAAAAGUAGCUUCCCAUUUCCCUGUGAAUCUCUCUGAUUACCCUAGAAGCGUGCAACACUAUGCCAAUCGUCUCUUGGAUCACAGGAUCCCUGAAACAGACGUGACUUUCCGACACAUGGGUUCCAAAAUAAUGGUUGCAACAAGCACAUGGCUUCAGAUGGCAUCACGGACUCUUCCUUAUGCCCAGACCUUGCAGAAUCACCUCAGCGACUUAACAGAGUUGAGCUUCCAGAAAAUGGGGCUGCCAGACUUCCACAUCCCAGACAACCUCUUCUUUAAAAGUGAUGGCCGGGUAAAGUACACCUUGAAUCAGAACACUGUGAAACUUGAGAUUCCUUUGCCUUUGGGUGGUAAAUCUUCCAAAGAUCUAAAGAUGCUAGAAACCAUCAGGAUACCAGCCAUCAGCUUCAAGUCUGUGGGAAUCCACCUGCCAUCUCAACAGUUCCAAGUCCCCACCUUUACAAUCCCUGAGUUGUACCAACUGCAGCUGCCACUCUUGGGUGUUCUAGACCUCUCCACGAAUGUCUACAGCAACUUGUACAACUGGUCUGCUUCCUAUACUGGUGGCAACACCAGCAGAGAGUACUUCAGUCUUAGGGCUCGGUAUCAUAUGAAAGCUGAUUCUGUAGUUGACCUGCUUUCCUACAGUGUACAAGGAUCUGGAGAAACAACGUAUGACUACAGGAAUACAUUCACAUUGUCAAGUGAUGGGUCUCUACGCCACAAAUUUCUAGAUUCAAAUGUCAAAUUCAGUCAUGUAGAAAAACUUGGAAACAACCCAGCCUCUAAAGGUUUACUAACAUUCGAUGCGUCUGGUGCCUGGGAAUCAAAGAUGUCUGCUUCGGCCCAUUGGGACAGCAAGAAGAAACAACAUUUGUAUGUUAAAGAUGUCAAGGUUGAUGGGCAGUUUAGAGCCUCUUCGUUCUAUGCCACAGGUGAACAGAGCCUGACUUUUCAGAAGGAUUCUAACACUGGCCAGCUGAGUGGAGAGUCCAACUUGAGGUUUAACUCCUCCUACCUCCAGGGCACCAACCAGAUAAAGGGACAGUACCAGGAUGGCAUCCUCUCCCUGGCCUCCACCUCUGAUCUGCAAGAUGGCAUCUUCAAGAACACUGCUUCCCUGAAAUAUGAGCAGUAUGAGCUGACUCUGAAAUCUGACAGCAAUGGAGAGUAUGAGAACUUUGUCACUUCUCACAAGCUGGAUCUGACCUUCUCGAAACAAAAUGCAUUGUUACGUUCCGAGUCUCAGGCUGAUUACAAGUCCUUGAGAUUCUUCACCCUGCUUUCUGGAUCACUAAAUUCCCAUGGUGUCGAAUUAAAUGCUGAUAUCCUUGGCACUGACAAAAUAAAUAGUGGCGCUCACAAGGCAACACUAAAGAUUGCACGGGAUGGGUUAUCUACCAGUGCAACAACCAACCUAAAAUACAGUCCUCUAUUGCUGGAGAAUGAGCUGAAUGCAAACCUCGGCCGCUCUGGGGCAUCCAUGAAAUUAACAACCAAUGGCCGCUUCAGGGAGCACAAUGCAAAAUUCAUCCUAGAUGGAAAAGCUGCCCUCACAGAGGUCUCAUUGGGAAGUGUUUAUCAGGCCAUGAUUCUGGGUAUGGACGGUAAAAAUGUUUUCAACUUCAAAAUCAGCCAAGAAGGACUAAAGCUUUCAAAUGACAUGAGGGGCUCCUAUGCUGGGAUGAAACUUGACCAUGCAAACAGUUUGAAGAUGGUAGGCCUGUCCUUGGACAUCUCUUCAAAACUCGAUAACGUUUAUAGCUCCGACAAGUUUUAUAAGCAAAAUUUUAACCUGCAUCUGGAGCCCUAUGCUCUUGUAACGACUCUAAACAAUGACCUGAAAUACGAUGUUCUAGAAUGGAACAGCAAUGGGAAGUUACGGCUGGAACCCUUGAAACUCAAUGUGGGAGGGAACCUAAAAGGAGCCUACCGAAACAACGAAAUCAAACACAUCUAUACCUUUUCUUACGCCGACUUAUCGGCAAGCUACCAAGCAGAUACUGUAGCUAGAGUUCAAGGCGCAGAGUUCAGCCAUCGGUUCAAUACGGACAUUGCUGGACUGGCUUCCACUGUUGACAUCAGUACAACCUAUAAUUCAGACUCACUGCAUUUCAGCAACAUUGUCCAUUCUGCUAUAGCCCCAUUUACCCUGGCCACUGACAUACACACAAAUGCCAAUGGGAUUCUGACUCUCUGGGGAGAACACACCGGGCAGCUUUACAGCAAAUUCCUGUUGAAAGCAGAACCUCUGGCUCUUACUUUCGCUCAUGAUUACAAAGGGUCUACCACUCACCAUUUCAUGUCCAGGAAAAUCAUCAGCACAGCUCUUGAUCACAAAGUGAGCGCCCUGCUUACUCCAGCUGAGCAGAUGAGCACCUGGAAAUUCAAGACCCAAAUCAAUGAUAAUCAGUACAGCCAGGACUUUGAAGCUUACAAUACUAAAGAAAAACUCGGCCUGGAGUUUACUGGGCAAGCCCUGACUGACGUCUCCAUGCUGGGCUCCCCAAUUAAAGUGCCAUUUUUACUCAGCGAGCCUGUCAAUGUCCUGAACUCCUUAGAGAUGAAGGAUGCUGCUGACAAGCCCCAAGAAUUUACAAUUGUUGCUUUCAUAAAGUAUGAUAAGAACCAAGAUGUUCACACUAUCAGCCUCCCAUUCUUGGACAUCUUGCCAGACUAUUUGGAAAGAAAUCGAAAAGCCAUUAUAGCUGUGCUGGAAAGCAUACAGAAAGAAUUGAAAAGCAUCAAUAUUGACCAAGUUGUAAGAAAAUACAGAGCAUCCCUGGGAAGCCUCCCACAGCAAGUUAAUGAUUAUCUGAAUGAUUUCAAUUGGGAGAGACAGGUUUCCAGUGCCAAAGAGACACUAACCACUUUCACAGAAAAUUAUGGAAUUACAGAAAAUGAUAUACAAGUUGCAUUGGAUAAUGCCAAAAUCAAUAUUAAUGAAAAACUCUCUGAACUUCAGACAUAUGUGAUUCAAUUUGAUCAGUAUAUUAAAGAUAAUUAUGAUCUACAUGAUUUUAAGAUAGCUAUUGCUAAGAUUAUUGAUCAAAUCCUUGAAAAAUUAAAAAUUCUUGAUGAACGUUAUCAUAUCCGUGUAAAUUUAGCAAAGACAAUCCAUGAUGUGCAUUUGUUUAUUGAAAACAUUGAUUUUAACAAAAUUGGAAGUAGUACUGCAUCUUGGAUUCAAAAUGUGGAUACCAAGUACCAAAUCAGAAUCCAUAUACAAGAAAAAUUACAGCAGCUCAGGAUACAGAUUCAGAAUAUAGACAUCCAGCAGCUUUCUGCAAAGUUAAAUCAGCAGAUUGAAGCUGCUGAUGUCAGACUGCUUUUAGAUCAGUUGAGAACUACAAUUGAAUUUCAAAGAAUAAAUGACAUUAUUGAGCAUGUCAAAUACUUUGUUAUGAAUUUUAUUGAUACGCUUGAAGUAACUGAUAAAAUCAAUUCUUUCAGAGCCAUACUCCAUGAGUUCCUUAAGAAAUAUGAAGCAGACCUAGAAAUCCAGACUUUAGUGGAUAAAUUAGUACAUCUGGCCCACCAAUAUAAGCUGACGGAGACUGUUCAGAAACUAAGCAAUGUCCUGCUACAAGUGGAGAUAAAAGAUUACUAUGAGAAAUUGGGUGGGUUUACUGAUGAUGCUAUGAAGCAGCUUAAAGCACUGUCUUUUAAAAAAUUCAUUGAAGAAGUAAACAGAUUGCUUGACCUGUUGGUAAAGAAAUUGAAAUCAUUUAAUUACCACCAGUUUGUAGAUGACACCAACAAUAGAAUCCGUGAAGUGACUCAGAGAAUCAAUAGUGAAAUUCAGGGGCUGGAACUACAACAGAAAGCGGAAGCACUAAAGCAGUUCAUAGAGGGCAUCACAGCCAUGGUAUCUGACUGUCUAGAAAGAAUAAAGAACACCAGAGUAUCUAUGCUCAUUGAUUGGUUUCUGGAUGCAGUGAAUCUCAUGAAAGAUUAUUUCCAAGACACUCUAGAAGAUGUACGAGACCGACUUUAUCAAAUAAACAUCCAGUGGGAAAUUGAGCGCUACCUGUCCCUGGUAAGCCAAGUUUAUAAUACACUGGUCAUUUACAUUUCUGACUGGUGGGUGCUUGCUGCUAAGAACCUUACUGACUUUGCAGAACAAUAUUCUAUCCAAGACUGGGCUGAAAAUGUGAAAGCAUUGGUGGAACACGGCUUCCUCAUACCUGAAAUCCAGACCUUCCUGGGGACCAUGCCUGCCUUUAAGGUCAGUCUUCGUGCUUUUCAGGAAGCUACUUUCCCGACUCCUGACUUCAUCAUCCCCUUCACAGAUCUGAGGGUUCCAUCAGUGCGGAUAAAUUUCAAAGAGUUGAGAGAUAUCAAAAUUCCAUCUAGGUUUGCAACACCUGAGUUUACUAUCUUCAAUACCUUCCAUAUUCCUUCCUUUACAAUUGACUUGGAAGAAAUUAAAGUCAAAUUCAUGAAAGCCAUUGACCAAAUGCUGGGCAGUGAAAUACGGUGGCCAAUGUCAGACAUGUACCUGAGAGACCUGAUGAUGGGGGACAUCUCUCUUACUGGACUUACUCUGCCAGACUUCCACGUCCCAGCAAUUACAAUUCCAGAACUCAUAAUCCCAAAUCUCAGCCUGAAAGAUUUCCAAGUGGCCGACCUUCACAUACCAGAAUUCCAGCUUCCCCACAUCUCCAACACAGUCGCCAUACCUGCUUUUGGAAAGCUGAAUGGCAUUUUGAAAAUCCAGUCUCCCUUUUUCUCAUUAGAUGCAAAUGCUGACAUACAGAAUGUAACUGUUUCAGAGAACGCAGCAGAGAUCACAGCUUCCAUCACUGCCAAAGGACAGUCCAAAUUAGAAGCUCUCAAUUUCGACUUUCAAGCAAAGGCACAACUGUUAGAGCCCAAGAUUAACCCACUGGCCCUCAAGGAGUCUAUGAGCUUCUCUAGCAAAUACCUCAGAAUGGAGCAUGAGAGUAAAAUGCUGUUUCACAGAAAUUCCAUUGAGGGAAAAUCAGACACGGUGGCAAGCUUACACACAGAAAAAAACACACUGGAGUUUAACAAUAGUGUGAUUCUCCAGAUAAACAAUCAGCUUGCCCUGGACAGCCACACAAAAUACUUUCACAAACUGAACAUCCCCAAGUUUGACUUCUCCAGUAAGGCCGAGCUGCUCCAUGAAAUGAAGACCCUCGUGGGAGCUGGAGACUUAGCAUGGACUUCAUCUGGGUCAGGCUCAUGGAAAUGGUCCUGUCCCAACUUCUCAGAUGAAGGAACACACGAAUCACAAGGCAGCCUCACUGUGAAAGGGCCCAUUGCUUCCUUUGGAUUGUCCAAUAAGAUCAACAGCAAACACCUAAGAGUAAUCCAAAACCUGACUUCUGAAUCUGGCCUCUUUGACUUUUUAAACUUUGAAGCGCAGUCAGAAGUUGAAUCCCAGCAUGUGGGCCACAGCGUUCUAACCGCUAGAGGCAAGGCAUCACUGGGGGAAAGAACUGCGGAGAUCAUCGGGAACCACCGUGCUCAUUUACAUGGAAAAAUCAUUGGAACUUUGAAAAAUUCUCUUUUCUUUUCUGCACAGCCAUUUCAGAUGACAGCAUCUACAAAUAAUGAAGGCAAUUUGAAAGUUAGUUUUCCCUUAAAGUUGACAGGGAAGAUAGACUUCCUGAAUAACUACGCACUGGUCCUGAGCCCUCACGCCCAGCUAACAAGCUGGCAAGCAAGUGCCAGAUUCAAUCAGUACAAGUACAACCAAAACUUCUCAGCUACCAACAAUGAGAACAGCAUCGAGGCCCGCGUAGGGAUCAAUGGAGAUGCCAACCUGGAUUUCUUAAACAUUCCUUUAACAAUUCCUGAAGUGAAGCUUCCUUACACAGCACUCACAACUCCUGCACUGAAAGAUUUCUCCAUAUGGGAACAAACAGGCUUGAAGAAAUUCUUCAAAACAACAAAGCAAUCAUUUGAUUUAAGCAUGAACACUCAGUAUAAGAAAAACAAAGACAAGCAUUCCAUCGCAAUUCCUUUGGGUGCAUUUUUUGAGUUUAUCAAUCAGAAGAUCCAUGUGAUGAACAGGCAUUUUGAAAACGUCAGAGACAAUGCAUUGCAUUUUCUUACCACAUCAUAUACUGAAGCAAAAAUCAAGUCUGACAGGUAUGAAGCUGAAAACACCCUCAGCAAGUCCCCCCGGACCUUUCAAAUUCCUGGAUACACCAUCCCAGUUGCCAACAUUGAAGUAUCUCCAUUCACAGUAGAGACCUUGGCCUCCAGCCCUAUGAUCCCCAAAGCCAUCAGCACACCCAGUUUCACCAUCCCGGGUACUCGUUUCUCCAUGCCUUCAUAUACAUUAGCUCUGCAGUCCCUACAGCUACCAAUCCUUCAUGUCCCUAAAAGCCUACUCAAGCUAUAUCUCCCAGAUUUCAAGGAACUGAGUACCAUAAACAAUAUUUUUAUUCCAGCCAUGGGCAAUAUUACCUAUGACUUUUCCUUUAAAUCAAGUUUUAUGACACUGAACACCAAUGCUGGGCUUUAUAACCAGUCAGAUAUUGUUGCCCAUUUCCUUUCUUCCUCUUCGUUUGUCAUUGAUGCCCUGCAAUAUAAACUAGAAGGCACUUCAAGUCUGACGAGGAAAAGAGGACUGAAGUUAGCCACAGCUCUGUCCCUGAAUAACAAAUAUGUGGAGGGAAGUCAUGACAGCACCAUUAGCUUAACCAAGAAAAACAUGGAGGCAUCGGUGACAACAAAUGCAAAAGUCCACUUUCCAAUUCUCAGAAUGAACUUCAAGCAAGAACUCAAUGGAAAUACCAAGUCAAAACCUACCAUCUCUUCAUCCAUUGAACUAAAAUAUGACUUCAGUUCCUCCAAGCUGGACUCCACCGCAAAAGGGGCACUAGACCACAAGCUCAUCUUAGAAAGCCUUACUUCUUACUUUGCCAUUGAAUCAUCUACCAAAGGGGAUGUCAAGGGUUCCAUCCUCUCACAGGAAUAUUCUGGAACUGUUGCCAGUGAAGCUAGCACUUACCUAAAUUCCAAAGGCAGUCGAUCUUCAGUGAAGUUACAAGGGGCUUCCAAAGUUCAUGGCAUCUGGAAUCUUGAAGUAAAAGAAAAUUUUGCUGGCGAAGCCACGCUCAGACGCAUAUACACCAUCUGGGAACACACCACAAAGAACCACUUACAGCUAAAGAGCCUCUUUUUCACGAGUGGAGAGCAUACAAGCAAAGCCACGCUGGAACUUUCCCCAUGGACAAUGUCAGCCCUUGUCCAGCUUCGCUCAAGUCAACCCAGUUCUCUCCUUGAUAUCGCUCACUUUGGCCAAGAAGUGGUUCUGAAUGCUGACACUAAGAACCAGAAGGUGAGCUGGAAAAGUGAAGUCCAAGUUCAUUGUGGGUCACUCCAGAACAACGUACAGCUUUCCAAUGACCAAGAAGAGGCUCGCCUUGACAUGGCAGGAUCCUUAGAAGGAAGCCUAGGGUAUCUCAAAAACAUCAUCCUUCCAGUGUAUGACAAGAGCUUACUGGACCUCCUGAAGCUAAAUCUAACUCCCCAAACUGGCAAGAAACAGUAUCUUCAUGCUUCAACUUCACUUGUUUACACCAAAAACCGCAAUGGCCAUCUUUUCUCUAUCCCUGUGCAGGAACUAGCUGAUAAAUUCAUUAUCCCAGGACUGAAACUUAAUUAUCUAAACUCAGAUCUUGUUACCCCUAUGUUUCAAGUCCCAUUCACAGAUCUUAAGGUUCCAUCCUACAAAUUUGACUUUAGUGGAAUCGAAAUCUAUAAGAAGUUAAGUACUUCACCGUUUGCUCUCAACCUACCAAUGCUCCCCAAAGUAAAAUUCCCCAAGGUUGAUGUGAUAACAAAAUAUUCUGAAUCAGAAGAUUCCUCAACUCCAUAUUUUGAGAUAACUGUGCCUGAAGCUCAAUUAACUGUGUCCAAGUUCACGCUUCCAAGAAGUCUUUCACUUGGCAGUUCUGUUUGGGAUCUAAAUGAUGUGGCCAAUAAGAUUGCUGAUUUUGAGUUUCCUACCAUCACCAUGCCUGAUCAAACUAUCGAGAUUCCUUCCUUCAAAUUCUCAGUACCUGCAGGAAUCUUUGUUCCACUCUUUGGUGCACUGACUGCAAGUUUUGGGGUGACCUCUCCCCUAUAUAAUGCCACUUGGAGUGCUGGUUUGAAAAACAAAGCAGAUCAUGUUGAAACCUUCCUGGAUUCCACGUGCAGUUCAACAUUACAGUUCCUAGAAUAUGACCUAAAUGUCGUGGGAGCACACAGUCUUGAAGAUGGUGCAUUUAUCUCUAAAACCAAAGGCACAUUUGCACAUCGUGAUUUCAGUGCAGACUAUUACGAAGAUGUCAGAUACGAAGGACUUCGGACCGCACAGGAAGAGGUUCGCCUUGACAUCGCCAGUCCAGCAUUCACUGAUCUGCGCCUGUACUACCAAGGAAAUGAGAAGGGACUGUUCCUCUCCGUAGCAUCCCAAGCCGUUGGCUCUGUGGGUCUGGACAUGAGGGUGGCAAAUGAGAGUGUUAAGUGGGAUGUCUACUUCCACCCUCAGUCUUCCCCAGAUAAAAAACUCAACAUACUCAAAACUGAGUGGAUACACCCGAAAUCUGGUAAUGAAGAUGAGAUCAAGUUUAAUUGGGAAGAAGAGGCUGUCUCCAUCCUGCUAAGUUCUCUAAAGGACAACGUACCCAAAGCUAGAGAAGCUUUUUAUGACUAUGUCAACAAGUACCACCAGGAGUACACAGGACUCAGCCUGGAAGAGGCUUCAACAAGGCUGAAAAGAAGUGUUCAGAAUAAUGCCCAGUGGUCCUACCAGGGGGCCAUGAGGCAAAUUGAUGAAGUGGGUAUGGGAUUGUGGACAGCAGCCAAUGGCACCACAAGAACCUUCCAGGAGUGGAAGGACAAGGCCCAGAACCUUUACCAGGAAGUGUUGGCGGAGGAGGGCCAAAGCACUUUCCACAGAUGUAAGGAUAAAAUGUUUGACAGCUUAACACAAAUCAUUCGGCAGUACAGUAUGGCAGUCAAACAUCUAUUUGACUCAGUCAUUCACUUCAUGAAGUUGAGAUCCCAGCUCCCAGGGCAAACUGGGAUAUAUACUAAUGAUGAGCUCUGCACUAUGGUUAUCAGGAAAGCAGGAGUGCUACUGUCCCAAGUAUAUUCAAACAUCCAUAAUGGCUUAGAAAACCUGCUUUCUUAUGCCCAAAACCUGGUGGAGAAAUCCGAUUUAAUCAAAGACUUAAAGAUUAAAGGUCCUUCAUAUUCAAGGAGCUACAAACUAAUUGAUAUAAUUGCUGAUACUAGGAAACAGUUGGUCUCUAUGUCACAAUCAGUUCAGAAAACAUUUAAUGAUCUUCAGUCUGUCAAGUCUAUAGAGAUCUUAAGGACGCUUCAGGUCCUUUUACAAGAAGUUUUCCAAAAUACAGAAAAGGAAAUUAAAUACUUAAGGGAGACCACAUUAACUAAUUUCUUUAAUUACAAUAAUAUGACCUUCAGGGGAUAUAUUCAAUAUAGCUUUAGAUUCUUGAAGAAAAACCUAUACCUUGACUUCAUUAAGUUCAAUGAAUUUGUUCAAAGCAAUCUCCAACAAGCUUCUCAAGAAUUACAGCUAUUGCAUCAGCAAAUAAAGGCUCUUCGUGAAGAAUAUUUUGAUCCAAGCAUAAUUGGUCAAGCAGUAAAAUAUUAUGAACUUGAAGAAAAGUUCAUUGACCUGAUCAAGUAUAUUGCAGAUACCUUUACAGACUUCUAUUACACAUAUACUGUCACCGUGACUCACUUUGCUUCUCAAUUCUCAAUUCAAGUUGAGGAGUUUAUGCUCAGAGAGACCCAAGAAUAUCUUAGCAUCCUUGCAGAUGUCGAUGGAAAAGGGAAAGAGAAGAUUGAAGAGCUUUACAACACUGCUCAGGAAAUAAUCAAAAGCUGGUUCCUUGCAAUAAAGGAAAUCAUUUCUGAUUACCACAAGCAGCUCAGACCUACACUGCAGGGGUUUUCAAACCAACUCUCUGAUUACCAUGAAAAAUUCAUUGCUGAGUCCAAAAGAUUGAUUGACCUGUCCAUUCAAAGCUACAACAUGGUCUUAAGCUACAUCAUUGAAUUACUGGAAAAGUUACGGUCAGCCACAGUCAGUGAUGUGAGCCCCUACAUAAGCCUUGUUCCAGGAGAACUGACAAUCAUUUACUAAUUUUU